GCUGCGGGGCGGAGGGCGCUGAGGCCUCGCCACUGGGAGCAGUUUCUGCUGGUGGUCGCGGCGCCGGGCGAGACCGGCGCGCCUCGGGGCCUCUCGCAGGGCAGACCCCGGCACCGCCGCCGGCGGAGGCAGGGAAGAGCCCUGCCCCGCUGCCGCCCUCCCCCGUGCACGUCGCGCGCUCCGCGAGCACACCCAUGCUCGUCUGAAGCUGUUGCAUAUUUUUUCCCCUCUUCUCUUCCCCCUUUAAAGGGGAAAAAACCCACCUCAUUUGGAUUUAAUUUAUUUCCUUGGGUCGGAAGAAGCUCCUGCCUGCUGGAUCUGGUUUAGACACCCGACAGACAAGAAUGUUGGCUUUGAAACCUCAGGGAAGAAGUAGCAGGGAGAAAAAAGUAACACAGUGUGCCUGAAAAUGACAACGAAGCGGAAUUUGUUUGUGCGGCUGGUGCCAUGCCGCUGUCUGCGGGGAGAGGAGGAAACGGUCACUACACUUGAUUAUUCUCACUGCAGCCUGGAGCAGGUGCCUAAGGAGAUUUUUACUUUUGAAAAGACCUUGGAAGAACUCUAUUUAGAUGCUAAUCAGAUUGAAGAGCUUCCAAAGCAACUCUUUAACUGUCAGUCUCUGCACAAGCUGAGUUUGCCAGACAAUGAUCUAACCACGUUGCCAGCAUCCAUUGCAAAUCUCAUUAAUCUCAGGGAACUGGAUGUCAGCAAGAAUGGCAUACAGGAGUUUCCAGAAAAUAUAAAAAACUGUAAAGUCUUGACAGUUGUUGAGGCCAGUGUAAAUCCAAUUUCAAAGCUUCCAGAUGGAUUUUCCCAACUGUUAAACCUAACGCAGCUGUACCUGAAUGAUGCUUUUCUUGAGUUUUUGCCAGCCAAUUUUGGCAGAUUAACUAAACUCCAGAUACUGGAACUUAGAGAAAAUCAAUUAAAAAUAUUGCCAAAAACCAUGUCCAGACUGACUCAGCUGGAGAGACUGGACUUAGGAAGUAAUGAAUUCACAGAAGUGCCUGAAGUGCUUGAACAACUGAGUGGGUUAAAGGAGUUUUGGAUGGAUGGUAAUAGACUAACACUUAUUCCAGGGUUCAUAGGCACUUUGAAACAACUGACCUACUUGGAUGUUUCCAAAAACAACAUUGAAGUAGUUGAAGAAGGUAUUUCAGGUUGUGAAAGCCUGCAAGACCUACUGUUAUCUAGCAAUUCACUUCAGCAACUGCCAGAGUCUAUUGGUUCCUUGAAGAAGGUAACAACACUUAAAAUUGAUGAAAACCAAUUAAUGUAUUUGCCAGACUCCAUAGGAGGGUUAAUAUCAGUGGAAGAACUGGAUUGUAGUUUCAAUGAGAUUGAAACAUUGCCUUCCUCUGUUGGGCAGCUUUCUAAUAUAAGGACAUUUGCUGCAGAUCAUAACUUUUUAACACAGCUGCCAUCAGAGAUUGGAAACUGGAAGCACGUAACAGUGUUAUUUCUUCAUUCUAAUAAGCUUGAAUUUCUCCCUGAAGAAAUGGGUGAUAUGCAGAAAUUAAAAGUCAUCAAUCUGAGUGAUAAUAGACUGAAGAAUUUGCCAUUUACCUUUACAAAGUUGCAACAGCUCACUGCUAUGUGGCUAUCAGACAAUCAGUCUAAACCACUUAUCCCUCUUCAAAAAGAAGCUGACCCCGACACACAGAAAACAGUGCUUACUAAUUAUAUGUUCCCCCAGCAACCAAGAACUGAGGAUGUUAUGUUCAUAUCCGAUAAUGAAAGUUUCAAUCCAUCUCUGUGGGAGGAACAGCGGAAGCAGCGUGCUCAAGUGGCAUUUGAGUGUGAUGAAGACAAAGAUGAGAGAGAGGCACCACCUCGGGAAGGAAACCUGAAGAGAUACCCAACUCCAUACCCUGAUGAACUGAAGAAUAUGGUCAAAACAGUCCAGACAAUUGUACAUAGGCUAAAGGAUGAAGAAUCUACUGAAGAUAUUGCCAAGGAAUCAAAACGAGAAGGCCAGCCAGUUUCUGUAAAAGAUGUGGGGGUAAAGACUUCAGAAAUUGCUUCAGUGAAGAACAAAGCAGAUGAGAGAAAACAAUAUUCAGCAGGAAUCUCUGUACAGAAGCCUACUGAACCAGAAGCUGAGCACAGCACCACAACUUCACAGAUGGCUGCACUUGUUAAAACCUUGCAGAACACAAAAACAAUUAUUAACCAUGAAGACACGCUUGAGGAGUCAGAAGAACUCUCCUCUGAUGAAGAGAUGAAAAUGGCAGAAAUGAGACCACCUCUGAUAGAAACCUCCAUAAACCAGCCAAAAGUGGUAGCUCUUGGCAAUAACAAAAAAGAUGAUUCAAAAGAUGCCGAUUCCUUAUCAGAUGAAGCUACUCACAAUAGCAAUCAAAAUAACAGCAACUGUUCCUCACCUUCUCGAAUGUCAGAUUCUGUUUCCUUAAAUACCGAUAGUAGCCAGGAUAUUUCUCUCUGUUCUCCAGACAAAGCAGCACAUGCUUCUGUUUUGUCCAAGAUCAGGCGAGAAGACAGAAAUUUGAAUAAUCUUCUGCAAAAUGGAGGUGAAUUGAGCAUUGCAGUAGAAGAGAAAGUGAAUAUGCAAGAGAAGGUUACAAACUUGUCUGAAUAUGAAUUAAACAUACAAGAAAAAUUAAGCCUGAUAGGAAAAGGUGUUGAUCUAAGCACUUCUAUGGAGGAGUCUCACAAAUUAGACCAAAUAAACAUGAAUGUCAAUAAACUGGUUAGUGAAGAGGCAGUGCCAGUUCCUGCAGAAAGGUCACAAAUACAGGAAAUAGUUUCAGUAAAGGGCUUUUUGAAUGACAACACGAAAGAAGAAAGUGAGCACUUGGAAAAUGGAAAUAAAUAUCCUAUAAAUAAAGUAAAUGGACAUCCUGAGGAAGCAGGACAGUCUCCCAGUAAAGACAGACUAACAAAAAGCACAACAGCUGAUGAUGAUUCUGCUGAGCUGUCUCUUUCAAAGAGCACAGAAGAUUUGUCACCACAGAGAAGUGGUCCUGUCAUGAAAUCGCACAGCAUCACGAGCAUGGACACUGGUGGUCUCAAAAUAUGCAGUGUUGUCAAUGAGAAUGGAUCUCAACAGGCAAACUCGGUGGUAAAAUCAGCUUCUGAUAGUGCAGAUGGAAAAAACAUAGUCCGAAGCAAAUCCACUACUAUUCUGUAUGAUCAGCCUUUGCAGGUUUUUCCUGGAUCGUCGUCAUCAUCUGAUUUAGUAUCUUCUACAAAAACCAUGUUCAGGUUUGACUCAAAUCACAAUCCUGAAGGUGCUAAUAUAGUGAGGGGAUCAAUGCCAAGUAGUGCACAGAUGUUCUGUACACCCCAGUAUAAUAUUCAGUACAGCAGCAAUGCCACAGGCAAAGACACCUUGUGGCCCCAGAAAGAAAACAUCCAAGUAGAACAAGGCAGCUUACCUCCUUCACGUCCACCUAGGUCUGACAGCACAGAAGCACCCAGCUAUUUAAAGAACUCUGCCAAUAUGAAUUUCUCCAAUCAUAACAACGUUAGAGCCAGUGCUGUGUAUAGCACUCAUCAGCGGAUGGCUGGGAGACACAUAGAUAUGUGGGCUAUUCCACCAAAUGAAAGACUGCUCCCAGGAGCAACCAGACACACUCUUCAAAGGCAGAGCAGUGUAUCUUCUACAGCUUCUGUAAAUGUUGGGGAUAUCGGACCUUCAAGGCGGACGCAGGUUCCUGAAGGGGACUAUUUAACGUACAGAGAUUUGCAUUCGAUGGGAAGAGCUCCACCAAUAAUGUCUGGGCAACAGAGACCUCUUUCUGCCAGGACAUACAGCAUUGAUGGCCCAAAUGUACCUCGACCACAAAGCGCUCGGCCAUCAGUGAAUGAAAUACCUGAAAGAACUAUGUCAGUUAGUGACUUCAAUUAUUCACGGACUAGCCCUUCAAAGAGAUCAAACCCAAGGGUUAACUCUGAGCACUCCUUAUUAGACCACCCAGGAAAAAAUAAAGUCCCUCAUGACUGGAGAGAACAGGUGCUGCGACAUAUUGAGGCCAAAAAGCUAGAAAAGCAUCCACAGCCUUCUACUCCAGGAGACCAAUGCCCAGAUGAAGUAUUCAUUUCAGGACAGCAGAAUUAUUCAACUGCCACACUUAGUCUCAAAGAUGUUCCUCCAGACAGCAUGAAGAAAAUAGCUGUGCAGAUACCUUUGACAAAUGGACAAAUGUGCCAGCCUCAAAGACCUCAGGCAAACUACAGCCAAGUCCAUCAUGUCCUUCCUCAGUCAUCAGUAGCAAGGCAUCCAUCUAGAGAGCAAUUAAUUGAUUAUCUGAUGCUGAAAGUUGCUCACCAACCUCCCUAUACUCAGUCCCAGUGUCCUCCCAGACAGAGCCACGAGCUGGCAAAGCAAGAGAUUCGAGUGAGAAUUGACAAGGAUCCAGAACUUGGAUUUAGUAUAUCAGGAGGAGUUGGUGGUAGAGGGAAUCCAUUCAGACCAGAGGAUGAUGGUAUAUUUGUAACCAGAGUGCAACCAGAAGGACCAGCAUCUAAGUUGUUACAACCUGGGGAUAAAAUAAUUCAGGCUAACGGAUACAGCUUCAUCAACAUUGAUCAUGGACAAGCGGUAUCUUUGCUAAAGACUUUUCAGAAUGCAGUGGAGCUCGUCAUCGUGCGAGAAGUUUCCUCAUAAGUAACUGUGGAUUGGGUGGAAAAGCCAGCAGGAUUUCAUUGGAGGACUGAAUAUUUUGCCUAUUUUUAUAUGUGAAAGGAACUUGAAAAGAAUUAUGAUCAAAAUUUGUAUAGGAAAUACUAACCUUGUGGUUAAGGGGGGAAAAAACCACUGUAUAGAACAUACAGGAAACCAUUUUGGAAAAGCGUAUGGUGAAUAAACUUGUUUUUAAGCAUUAUAGCAAUCUAAGGAUCGCUCCUCCAAGAACAAACCUGUGUUGUUUUUUUGUACAGAUGGUAGGUUUAUUUUUGGAUACUUCAUACACAUUACUAAACUUCGUGCAAGGCUUUGCGAAGCCUCGGUUGUAGCCAGCGGACAGAUGGCAGGGCUCUCUGUCCUGUAGCUGCUUAUUGCCUUUAUUUUUUUCAACAGAUAUUAAUGUGUUAAUGCUGAAACCACUUCUUUUGAUGUGGAUUGGGGAUAUGAAAUGUUGGUUUUGCUAUGUGCACAUUGUAUAGAUGAAUGGGUAGAUGGAAGGUGGUGCUGGUUGGACGGAAUAAUAAAGGUCAGGUGAAACAACUGUCUGCUGCCGAAAUCUGGAAUUGGGGAUGAAUUUUUAAAAAGUGUUUUGCUCUGGAGUGUACAUCUACCAAUAUAAAAUGCAAUAAAAGCUUAUGGUGUUUUUUAGGAAGACUGUAAUUACAAAUUUGUGAUACUCUACGGGAUUUGUUCUUAAUAUAGUAAUUGAAUAUUCAUCUGCCACAUGUGAUUCAUGUUUAGUUGGGUUUUCUUACAUACACCAUUUUUUCAACUCUACUGUGGAAAUGUGCCCAGAGGUUUUUCUCUGCUGUGGAAGUCUCCAUUUUUAUGCAAAUGGUGAUACUUUUUGGCUUUAUAAAAAGUACUCCAUGUUAACAUGACAGAUUUUAAAAAUGAAACUGAAAUGGACAGUUUUUAAGGUUAUUGCCUGUUAAAAAACACAAACAAAACAAAAAACCCCAAAAAAAACCAAACAAAAAAACCCAAACAAAAAACCAUACACAAAGUAAAUAAUGCAGGAAGGGUUAUGAAAGACAUCUCAAUUUUGUUUGGCCUUUGCAUUGCCUUGUUUAUCAAAAAGGAAACCAUUUGCAUGGAGCUAGGUAACCAAAGCAAGUCUGUGAAACUUUGAACAGUGAUGGAGAAUUGCUGCAGUGAGAUGGAGAGCAAAGAGAGGGUGUACUUACAACCCACCAGUUUGUGAUGAUGUUUCUUAAAGGGCUGUUCCUACAGGUAACAUUAAAUGUGAACUAGACACUUCAGAGUCAUUAAAGGGUUUCUAACUAUAUUAAUGUAACAGUGAUUUACCACAGGCUGCCUUUGUUCCUUAUUACUGUAUAAAGCAUUCAAUUAUGCUUCUAUUCAUUUUGUUUACCAGAAACAUUCUUUUUCUCUUUCUCCUUUGUAAUUGAAUAGAUACUGCAUAAACUGCAGUGGUAAUUAAUACACGGUUAUUACGGACCAGGGAAAAGUGCCAUAGAAGACCAGUAACUGUUUUUAAUCAGGGCUAAUGAUUAGCCUGUCAUUGGAGCUAUAUUCAGUUAUCGCUGUUCAUUUUUAAUUACUUAUAAGUUGGUAGUUUGAGACAGCUAUAAGUUUGUGGUGUUUUGUGUUUGUUUUGUUUUUGGUUUUUAACCCAUGUGUACAAAAAUAAAUGCUUUUAAUAAAGCUAGCAAAAACACCAGCCUCCUUUAGUUUUGGGACAAUGAGCUGGAGCAGAGAGGAAUUACACAUAGCUAGCAGUAAUAAACAGGCAGUACUUUUUAAGUAAGUGAACUCCAAUAUUAUUGCACUUCUUUCAAAGAUGUUAACUAUUGCUUAUUGUACUGUGUAUAGUUCUAAUAAUUUGUAAUUGAAACCCUUUAACAACUCUUUGUAUAUUUUAAUUUUUUAGUUGAUUCUCAGUAAUAUUUACAUAGAAAAUGAUUUUUUGAUAUAUUAGCAGAAAUGUGCUGUAUUUUGAUAAAAUUCACUUAUUUUCUGUGUGCUGUUAAUCUUCAAAGAAAAGAAUGAAAAACAUAGCUAUAUAAUGGCAGGCUUUGGUGUUCCCCUUCUAAGACAUGUUUUGUUGUUGUUUAGUUUCUAUUUUUUUAAUUGAAAAUGGAAAAUGCUCACUUCACAUGUUCAUCACUUUUAAUCAUGUUGUUUUGAUCACAUACUGCCUUUUAAAGGGAAUACAUGCAGACAAGUCCUAAAUUACCUUCAUAACCUGUACCUUUGAGAAGGGAAAAGUCCAAAAAGCAGAACUGAUUCUUUACUGAUCUCGGACUGACUCUGUAUAGAUUUUGCAGUACAUUUAAAUAUUAUAUCACUGAUGAAUUAUACUGUAUUGUAUUUUGCUUUAAUGAUAACAGAGGUUUUAAAUGUUGUGUCACUUAAUUUUCAGAUUUCUGUAUCACAAGAAAAUUCUACCAAAAACUGUUGGGUUGUGGUAUGGUAGAACUGUAGAACUAGACAUUUAUAGCAAGAAGUUUAGUACUUCUUGUGGAAAUACUUGGCCAAAGCUUGUCUUCAGUAAAUUAGCAAAUUAACCAUCUAAUAAAACAUGGAUUAUGCUGAUUUUACUCAGUAGUUGUUGUUUUCAGUGGGGAUUAAAAUGUGUGUGUUCCUUCAUUGUCUGUGUGUAAAAGUAAACAUGUAUCAAAUUAGAUGAUUUUACAGAGAGUGGGAGAAUGAGGUCUCCUGAACUAGUCCAACUAGCAUUCAGUAGGAGGAGACAUUUUUGGCACUUUUCGUUUUGAAUGCAUCUUAAACUACAUUUUUAAUAAAAUCCAUCAGUGGUCUGAGUUACUCAGCAUGGUAAUGAGUUGAUGCAAACCCCGUUAAUUCGUUCUAUUCUUAAUAGUUCAAUAAAGAAUCAGUUCAACUGAUGUAAUGAAAAGAUGAAGUCUCCCACAUAUUUAUUAUGUAAAUAUUUUUUUAUUUCUCUUUUGGACAGGAGUUAAAAAGAAAUGUGUAUAUACUUGAAAGCAUUCUAUGAACACAAACAUAGCAAUAAGCAACACACAGACUCAAACCUUUAUGAUUAUUUUGGUUUUUGUUUAGAAAUAUUCCCUUGUCAACAGCUAUGAAAUGUUUUUAUUGAUCAGCAUUUAUUCAACAUUCCAAAUUUUUGUAUAUAAUUAGACUGUUUCUGAGGUAACACAUGGAGAAUAGAUAAUAAACUAAUGCUCCUUAAA